UUCUCCACCCUAGAUCAGUAUAUUCAUGACUCACCUGUCUAACUAUGGCAACGAUCGACUGGGUCUUUACACGUUCGUCCACCUUGCCUCCUUCCUUCGCUCAUGGACAAACCUGAGACUGCACACACUCCCACCCCUACAGCUUGCACACAAGUACUUCCAGCUUUUUCCCGAACAAAGGAACCCACUCUGGCAGAACCCGUGCGAUGACAAACGGCAUAAAGACAUCUGGUCUAAAGAGAAAACCUGCGAUAGGUUACCCAAGUUCAUGGUCAUAGGACCACAGAAAACAGGAACGACAGCACUUUAUCUCUUCCUACUCAUGCAUCCCUCCAUCUCCAGUAACUUCCCCAGUCCAAAGACUUAUGAGGAGGUCCAGUUCUUCAACACCAAUAACUACCACAAAGGAAUUGACUGGUACAUGGACUUUUUCCCCGUACCCUCUAAUGUUACCACAGACUUCCUGUUUGAGAAGAGCGCUAACUAUUUCCCCUCUGAGGAGUCCCCACGGCGAGCUGCUGCCCUGCUGCCCAAAGCCAAGAUCAUCACCCUGCUCAUCAACCCGUCUGACAGGGCCUACAGCUGGUAUCAGCAUCAAAGAGCUCAUGAGGACCACGCAGCCCUGCAGUUCACCUUCUAUGAUGUCAUCAGUGCAAGACCGGGAGCACCAGCCGAGCUCCGCUCCCUGCAGAGUCGCUGUCUCAUCCCCGGUCUAUACUCAACGCACCUAGAGAGGUGGCUCACUUACUACCCUGCCAACCAGGUGAUGAUCAUAGAUGGCCAUCAGCUGAGAACUGACCCUGCAGCCGUGAUGGAUGAAGUCCAGAAAUUCCUGGGAGUCACUCCUCACUUUAACUACUCCCAGGCCCUUACGUUUGUGUAA